AUGAAACAUUUUAAAUAUUCUAUGAACUCUUUAUCGCAAUACAAUCCAACGUCAUUUUCUAGUACAGCAACACCUCAGACUUCACUAUCUGCAAGCUUGGUGCCCACAUCGACCGCGGAACCUCCACACAUACCACGACGAGCAUAUAUUCGUUCAGCUGGACCGAAAUCCAUUACACUACAAUCAUAUCUCCCAUUCUCGCAUAGAUACCUGGAUGACUUUUGUGUCGGCCCCUUAACUGCACCACCUAUGUCACCCCCGCACGAAGAACGUUGA